UAUUUGCGCCUACAAAUAUGAAAAUCCAUUCCCUUCUUUCCUGCACCUUCCUCUGCCGCCACUCUCUCCUCAUUCCAUGCUUCCCCCAAUUUUCAAACUCAAAAUCUAAACUAACAAUUUUAUUUUUCUUAUAAAUUCCUCUCUUUUUGGAUAUUUUUAACGUUCUUAACAGACAAAAAGUUUAACCUGUCUCCAUAGAAAAAGACCAAGCAGAGCUUGUUCUUUUCUGCACGUCAUUAUUUUGCUGCUGCAAUUAUCAUAAGGAUUGGAUUCAGGCAAAUACUUCUCUAUGGGAGAAGCACCAAAACUCAUUCCUCAUGGCCAGCAGAAUGAAACUAGUAAUGGAUCUAAAUUAGAAGACGAAACUUUCGAAACAGCUACUACCAUUGGCGAUAAAACGUAUGUCAUUGGUCGAGCUGAUGAUGAAACUUCAUCCAUCAAUGUUCGAAUUUUCGACAAACGUCUUGGAGAAUGGGUUAAUCGCGCCGUCCUCGGCACCAAACCAAUGUCAUUUGAAGGCCACUCUGCAGUGUCAUUGAAAGACCGAAUAGUAAUUCUUAAGAAGAAUCCUAAGCCAGAUGAUCAUACAUGGUUUUUGGAGGUUGACACUCAAUAUGUAAGGCAACAGCAGAAAGUUUUGGGGACUGAGGUUGUUGCAUGGAGUAAAGGUGUGAUAGGCAGUGUUGAGAAACCUGUUGUUAUUAGUGGUCCUUCUGGAGUAGGUAAAGGAACAUUGAUAUCAAUGCUCAUGAAGGAAUUCCCUUGGAUGUUUGGUUUUUCGGUGAGCCACACAACGCGUGCGCCAAGAGCUAUGGAGAAAGAUGGAAUCCAUUAUCAUUUUACUGAGAAGAGUAUUAUGGAGGAAGAGAUCAAAGAUGGAAAGUUUCUUGAGUUUGCUUCUGUGCAUGGUAACCUAUAUGGGACUAGUGUUGAGGCUGUUGAACUGGUAUCAGAUGCAGGGAAAAGGUGCAUUCUUGAUAUUGAUGUUCAAGGGGCAAGAUCUGUGAGAGCUAGUUCACUUGAAGCCAUAUUCAUCUUUAUCUGCCCCCCAUCAAUGGAAGAGCUUGAGAAGCGUCUUCGUGAUAGAGGGACCGAGACAGAAGAACAAAUCCAAAAACGAUUACGAAAUGCUCAGUCUGAAAUCGAGCAAGGGAAGUCAUCAGGCAUAUUUGAUUUCAUCUUAUACAAUGACAAACUUGAGGAGUGCUAUGAGAGUCUUAAGAAAUUAUUGGGACUUGAUGGUUAUGUCAUUCCUCCAUCCAAUUCAACAGAAAGAGAGAUUAGUCUCCCAAUGGAUCAUCAUUCGGUAUUGAAAAUUGAAGACAAAAUCCUCAUAAACUGCAACCCUUUAAUUGAAUCAAACAACAAGAUAAUGUUAGAUUUGUCCUCACUUGAAGGGGGUGCACCUGGAAGGACAAGAGGGCUCGAUUUUCGAUAUUCAACAGAAUGCAUCAACUUGACAUUCAAUUAGAAUGGUUUUUUUCUUCUCAAAUUCGGAUAAUAGGACACUUGAUGAGGUGCUAGGUUUAUUUCUUAAUAUUUUUACGUUUUGUUCUUUAAUUCUUAUAACGAUUGAUUUUGGCU